CUGAGAUGACGCUCAAAUGUUUUGUGUCUCUCUGGAAUAUCCGUUUCCGUCUUUUGAGUCAAACGCUCGAGGAUUCAUCUUGAAUCACAAUGGUAUGAAUACUCUUGUCUUUGGAGGUUCCCAACGCAGCGACGCGACCCGUGCAAGGCUGGAGCGUCGAGUAUUCAAAAGCAGGCGCCAACAUCGUGAUCACUUUUGUGAAUCACAGCCCAAGUGACGACGACCACCACGCUCUAUCUUCAACAUAUUCCUGAGUGACUCCAGAGAGAGUAAUGAUGACCAAAAGUACAAGAUCCAUGGAUGAUUCAUGGGUGGUUGAAGAUGAAGCCAACGACGACAUUAGCUGGGACGGCCGUUCAGCCUCUUCGAGAUCAGAAGAAGAGACUACAGCGGAACCCUCCGAGAAGAUUACGCUUUCGGGACCGAAGCUUGCCUCGCAUCAUUCAGAUUCUUCCAGACGAACGAAGGUCAGCGUGCCGGAGCCGCAAUUCAUCAUGCCCAGCAUGUUAACAAGCACGACCUCGACACAGAUGCCGCCCAGGCAACGCAAACCACCUAUACCAUCACGAUCUAUCCAGUCGAGACUUCAAGGCCCUACAACCUCGCCGAGGCCAGCCACCAAUUUGACUCGAUCGAAUGCCGCUCAGGAAACUACGGCUGCAGACCAUAUACUGCAGAUAGCAGGUCAUAUUGCCGGAUGGAUCUUGGACAUCCUCAUCCAGACUCUGAAGACGCUUAAGAAACCCAUAUCGUGGCUUCUUGCCGCAUACUUGUUCGCUGGGAUCUUGAUGUUAGCUAAGAACCUUCUCACAUCCUCGGUCUACACGGCGCUUUCACCUAUAUGUCGCGUUCCAGGCAUAUCCCUUCUCCAUCUGCCCAUUUGCGAGUACGUCUCUACAAGCUUCGACGCACCGACUCUCUCCUCCGGCACAUCUGCUCCAGUCGAGUUCGACGCUCUGAUGCAGACACAAUCCCACUUUGAAGAGAUUCUGUCCGAGUCCGCAGCAGGCGUCGCUUUGCCAUUGGAUAUGAAACGUUCGGAAACAUCAAUCCGCGAUCUCCGCCAGAUUGUACGAUUUUCGCAGCUUUCCUCAAGAAACGAGCUCGUCCUCGAAUUUGACGGCUUCAUUGAAACCGCUCGUAUUGCAUCCUACGAUCUACAAAAGUUCAAUUCUCAUGUCGGUCGAGGCGUCGAUAUCGUACUCAGCACCGCACGCUGGACGCAGCGUGUUUUGGACGACAUGGCGAUCAGACAGUCUUCAAGAGGCCUCAUACCAAGUUUCAUCCAGGAUCGGCUCUUCGCGCCGUUUGCGCCGAUGCAGUUCACGGAGGCGAGGCUACUAGACCAGUAUAUACAGCACACGCGCAUAGUGAGUGAUGAGAUCGAGAGGCUCAUCGACGAAGCCCAGGCCUUGUUGGUCGUGCUACAGAACUUGGAGGAUCGGCUUGAAAUCAUCCAUUCGAUCGCGAUGCGAGAUAACAUCGCCGCUCAAGCGGGCAAGGACGAGAUACUUUCGCAUUUGUGGACACUACUGGGCGGUAAUCGGGCCAAGCUGGGUAAGUUCAAUAACCAGCUCGGCUUGCUGAGACAGGUCGGGCAGUAUCGAAAAGUUGCUUGGGCGCAUGUGUCGGCGACCAUACUCAAGCUGCAGGCCAUGGGGGCAGAACUGGAGGAGUUGAGGACACGGGUUGGCAGUGCGGAGUUGUUGAAGGCUCAUAAGGAGAUUCCGCUGAGUGUGCACGUUGAUAAUAUCAGGCUCGGUGUGGAGAGGUUGGAAGAAGGUAGGGAGAGGGCGAGGAAGUUGGAACAGGGGCACGUCAGGAGAGUGAUUGACGGGGCGGAGGGGGAGACUGUGAGGGGUCUUGAAGGGGUAUAA